AAAUUCGAUUUUUUUCUAUUUUUGGGUGAUGUCUUUGAUUUUCGUCUAUGUGGAUGCAGAUUACAAGCGUAAUGCCGUACAUGAAUCUCAAUCCGGCAGACAGGCGGCGGGAUUAGCUGCGCGCAAUCACCAUCGACUUCUUCCAUACAAAGUGAUGAAGACAAAUCCUGAAUAUGCCGCCCUCCAGUUAAUGUUGAGGUGAAGAAGAAAGAUGUUGAAGUUGCUGCGGUGCAGCAUCCGGAAGCAGCUGUUCAGGAGAAAGGUGUACAAAAGCAGGAGGGUUAAAAGCAAAAUCCGGAGCAACAGAAGCAGCAAGUUGAGGAAGGAGGAGAGCGUAAUAAAGUGAAGGAAGCUCCUCAGGAGGUUGCUGAAACGCUCUCUGUACCUGAGAUGCAAAAAGAAGAAGCCAAAACCGACUGUUAUGCCAGUUGUGAAGGAACAGAGAAGGAGCGAACAGUUGUCAUCCAUCAUGUUAUCACGGGCAGGGCGACGACAAUUGAGGAGAACCUCUAGGAAUUGGGACUAUUCUCUAUUUCAUCGUGUGAGGAGUAUCACCUUUCAACGUUUCCUGGCGGAACAGGGCUUCGACAUGACAAAGUUCCAGGACAUCUGGGGGAAGGACAAACGCGAUGGUAUCAAAGUGGCCGUUGCGGGGCUACGGGAACUCAUGGAGGAUGACAAGAAGGACCUAAUGGAUCUCCUUGAUUGUCAUUUUGAUCCAGAGAAGCAGAUAAUUAAGCCAGUGUCCCGGAAGACUAACAAAAGGCGCUUUCAGAAGAGACAAACUUCGAGAAUUUCAUCAAGGGAAAUAUUCAAAAAGUAAAUAAUCAUCAGAGAAACAAUCAGCAGCAUCACAAUGGUGAAAACCAUCAGGAUAACAACAAGAACUAUCAGCAUGGCAACAAUCAUCUGGGUGGUCGCACCAGGGGUAAAUUAAUUAAUUAAUUGUAGAAAAAAAA